AUGGCUUCUUUCUUCCUUUUAACAGCUCUCUUCUUCUUCCCUGUCUCUUACGCUACUGCAAACCCCUUAACUCAAUGCUCUUUCAAAUCCAUCUAUCAGUUCGGCGAUUCCCUCGCCGAUACCGGAAACUUAUUCCGCAUUCCCGGCGCCACCAUGAGUUUCCACGCCGACCGCCACCCUUACGGCCAGACCUACUUCGGUAAGCCCACUGGCCGCUUCAGCGACGGCCGCCUUAUUGUGGACUACGUCGCCGCCGCUCUUAAGCUUCCCUUCGUCGACGCUUACCUCGACACCAACGGUUCAUUCGCCCAUGGCGCCAACUUCGCCGUCGCCGGCGGCACGGCGCUCGACAACUCUUUCUUCGCCGGGAGAAACAUUAGCAUGCCGUCGUUCAACACUCCGAUCAGCGCCCAACUCCGGUGGUUCCAUGCACACCUCAACGCCACGUGCGGCGGCGCCGGCGGUCGUGAAUGUGCGGAAAAGGUCCGAAAUGCCCUUUUUAUAUUUGGAGAAUUUGGCGGCAACGACUAUUACAACGCCCUCUCCAAAGGGAAAUCCCUCGAGGAGACCAAGACUUACGUUCCGUACACCGUCGACGCCGUUAUUAACGGCAUUAAACACAUCGUUAAACACGGAGCUAAACGGGUCGUGGUUCCGGGUACUUUACCUUUCGGGUGCCUGCCCGUUUACCUUACCAACUUCCCAAGCUCCGACCCGAAAUCCUACGACGAGCUGGGCUGCCUGAAAACCCUCAACGAUUUCUCUUCCUAUCACAACAGCUAUCUCAAAAAAGCUCUCUCGAAACUUAGCCGAGAGCUGUCCACCGUCUCCGGCGACAUUAUGAUCGUCUACGGGGAUUACUACGGUGCUCUCCGGUCGGUUCUCCGGCGGGGAUUCAACAACGAAUCGUUACUCAAAGCGUGCUGCGGAACCGGAGGGCGAUAUAACUUUGACGGCUCGAAAACGUGCGGAUCUGACGGCGUUUCGGCCUGUUCAAACCCGGCACAGUAUGUGCACUGGGAUGGCAUUCAUCUCACCGAUAAGAGUUAUCUUCGCAUGACGGAGAUUCUUAUCCGUAAAGUUUUGAGGAACAUCAAGUGUUCGUGAAUCUCAAGGAAUAAAGUUUGUCGGAAUCCAGGCUUAACAGAAUAGUUAAGCGAGUUCCAGAAUAAAUUAAGUUGUAAUAAAGAAUUAAGCAAUAAUUAAGAGUGUUAUCUCUAUCUGUGGCUUUAAUUUGAUCAUGCGUGCUGGUGCUAUUACAUAUUUAAACAUUAUGAUAUUUUGUU